CUUUAUUUCUAAAGGACUUUAGACUGGGAAACAGCACCUAUUUCUUACUACUCCUAAAUAGCGGCGCUUGGGUCGUCCGACGGAUGCCUGGCAGCCGCCAUCGUCACCGUCGCUCAGCCUACCCACCAAAUCAACUCAACGUACCCUUCCAGUACGUGUCCGCGUUCCACGCCAGAAUGCUAUACACCUCGCUAGACGAGUCUCGGCGACAAAUACGCCUUCUGCAUCUGCUUCCCGGGACCGACGACGAGGAGCUUCAUUGCGCCCUCAGCCUCGCGUCUCUCGACGACGAGCCGGAAUAUGAAGCACUCUCUUACGUAUGGGGCGACGCAAAACACACCAUUCAGAUCCAAGUGGAUGGUCAACCAUGGCCGAUCACUCGAAAUCUGCACCUAGCGCUCAAGAACUUGCGUUCUGAGGACCAAGCACGCAUUUUAUGGGUCGACGCAGUAUGUAUCAAUCAGCAGGAUAUCGCAGAACGGAACAGUCAGGUUAGCAUGAUGGGUGCCAUCUACGGCGGAGCAUCCACCGUUGUAGCCUAUUUGGGCGAGGCAUUCAGCGAUUGUGAGCUCGCCAUAGAGCUCUUCCAGCAGAUCGUGGCAAACAAGGAUCUCCACCCAAACAGUUCCAAGUCGCCAAGCCUGAAUGUGAGAGGAGCCGGACUUGAGAAUCAUCGCCUCCGGAGUUCCUUGAUCAGGUUCCUCAUUUCUCCCUGGUGCACUCGUAUCUGGACGGCUCAAGAAUUUCUCCUAGCAAAGUGUGCCAUGCUACAACGUGGAAGUUAUACGAUACCUGGCAGUUAUCUCUUUCAUCUGAAGGACUAUUAUCGCCAGCACCUCGGGCCUUGCUGCUAUUCUGAUGAAAUUUGGUUCGUCAAAGAUGAGGAAUGGGGCACAACCGUUAUCGGUGCCCUUCUCCUGCCCUGGGAAAAGUAUCUGGACUUCGCGACGUGCCGCACCCAGUUGAAGUCGUUCAGUUCUCUUUUCGAGAUUUUCCGCGGGCAGAAAGCGACCGAUUUGCGCGACAAGAUCUUCGCCGUGCGGGAACUGGCAAGUACUGAGCUGAGGGAGCGGCUGAGACCAGACUACGCCGAAAUACCUGAAGAAGUCUAUCAAUCCGCAGCGCUACUGGAUUAUCAGAUCACCAAUCGCCUGGACUUCCUGAGCUUCUGCUGCAGCGGUACACGCCUCGAUCUCCCUUCCUGGGUUCCGGAUUGGUCGAUUGCUGCUCCUGUUGUACCUCAUUGUCUCAUUAGGUCCCAACGCACUGCCAUAUACCGUGCUUGCGGUAAUCGCAAAGCGGACCUGAGGCUUAUAGCAAAGAAAGCAAUCAGUAUCGGUGGCUUCUGCUUCGAUACAAUUACUUUGCGUAGCUCGUCGUCUAUCGAAAUCAGCAACUCGGACCGCUUGCAAGAAAUACGGGCACUUGCAGGAAUUGAGCAAGACGGAGACCGACCUUACUGUAAUGGUAAUCAGUCAGUUCAAGAGGCCUGCUGGUUGUCAUUAUGUGGAGGGCUCAGGUGUGUGCGUGACGGGAAUAUAUUGUCGCGCUUGCGUACCAUCGACAACCGGACCGAAUUCGAAGCGUGGCAGCGGUGGAUGGAAGACGGCGGCAACGGAAAAGGGCAACCUAUUUCAUUCGCUUAUAUGACCAUGGCAGCUGUCAUUUCCUCCUGGCGACGUUGCUUCGUCAGAACGAGCCGAGGAUACAUGGGAUGGGCACCAGACUGUUGCCGGGCGGGCGACGUUGUUGUUGUAUUGAACGGCGGGUUGGUGCCUUAUGUCCUGCGGCAACUAGACGAGACCGAGUUCGGCCAGAAGUAUACUUUUCUAGGCGACGCGUAUAUUCAUGGAAUCAUGGAUGGCGAGGCAUUUGAAGAAAUGGAGCAGGCAAACAGGCCACUUGAAGAAUUCAUCCUCGUAUAAGCGGUCGCUCUUGGAACGCUGGAGCUGUCGUGCUCGGAUAGGUGUAGUUGACAAUGUGAGACAUUGUCAGUGAACGCAAAGAUCUGUGCCUUCGCAGCGCAAAGCGGGGAGUCCAUCUGAAAAAGGGCGAGCACGUGCCUCGGG